AUGAGCAUUUUUGAUGCCAGUAUGAUGAGAAUAGUGCAUGUCAUCGAUAGCCUAUGUCAGCUAAAUGGAUUCUGUCAUGGUUGUAGUUUAAAUACUAGUUUAUUUUAUUAUUAUUCUAUUACUAACUAAUAAUAUUUUACAAACAGAUGCUGGUGAUGGAGAAGAACCCAGAGAAUACAAUCCUAUCCAGGGGUCCAAUGACAUCACUCCUCCCAGACAGCUUUUACCAGACUUUGAGAUUGUCACUGCGGUAAGUAAGGAAAAUAUAGACCGGUUUGUUUUUUGUUACAGUAAAAUAUACAAGCAAAAUAUCAACAGCUUAAUAUUGUAAUCAACGUAGACUAGCGUCAUUAAUUUAUAUUGGUAUGUGUUGUAUGGGAAUACUCAGUAUUACUAUGCAAAUUAAACGGAUAGGCUAUGACAAUAUACCAGCAAAUAAGCUUGUGAUUUUUAAAAUAUUUUUAUUUUGACUUUUUUAUAUACAUGUUGCCUGUAAGAGAAAGAUUUAGUUGUAUUCACUUAAGAAAGAAAGAUGUAUACGAGAAAAUACGAGAAAGAUUGAAUUGUAUUCACUUUAAAGAUUUAGUUGUGAGUCACUAUCUAUUCAAAUAUUGCGGCCGAUUGCGACAAUCGCAAUUCUAAUAAAAAUUAUCUAAUGUAAAUAUACAAUAAUUGACUUAUUAUUUAUUCAUAUUUUAACUUUUGACUCCCAGAAGUAUAAGCAUCGUCUGGAUACAUUUACGGUCUCUCCCAAGAAACGUAGAGCGCUAAUUCUGGUAAGUAUUAUUUAUAUAUGGCAAGCACUUGAUUGGCUACUGAUGAGACAGGAAUCUGCCAUAUUGCCCAAAGGUACAAUGAGACAAGCUUAAUUCAAACAAAAAAAUUGUUGUCUAAAAGUACUUCAGAAUACUCAAGGAAAAGUAAACGUAAAAUAUGAAAAAGGUGCGACUGUUAUUGCAUGUGUAUGGUUAAAGAACUUAAUUUCUCAAUGGCUAAAGAACUUGUUUCUAACAUCUGGAGAUCCCCAAGCCUCUAUCUGUGUCCCGGUUUUUCUGUAUGUGGGUGAUCUGCCCCGGACAGUAAAAACAUCAAAGGUGGCUAGUUUCGUUGAUGACACCAAGGUUAGGUUAACAACUGUGAACAUAUACCGUUGGUCUUCAAAACGAUAUUGACAACAUCAACACCUGGGUCAGAGCCAAUGGUUUGACAUUCAACCAAGCAAAUGCAAUUCCCCGAAGUGGCAAUACGCCAGUUAAUCACUGCGGUACAUCAAACAAAACAGAGCAAACCAUGUUAUAAUGUGUUAUAUACUGUAUGUUUGUAUUUCUUUUUGUUCACAGUACACUUUACAACUAUAAUAAAUAUUGUUAUCAACACCGCAUGUCGCCCUAUGUAUAAGCUCUCCACCAUAUGUAAGCCCCUCCACUAUAUAUAUAAGCCCCUCCACUAUAUAUAUAAGCCCCUCCACUAUAUAUAUAAGCCCCUCCAUAUACAUGUAUAAGCCCCACCACCAUAAACAUGUAUAAGCCCCUCCACCAUAUACAUGUAUAAGCCCCUCCACCAUAUACAUGUAUAAGCCCCUCCACCAUAUACAUGUAUAAGCCCCUCCACCAUAUACAUAUAUAAGCCCCUCCACCAUAUACAUGUAUAAGCCCCUCCACCAUAUACAUGUAUAAGCCCCUCCACCAUAUACAUAUAUAAGCCCCUCCACCAUAUACAUAUAUAAGCCCCUCCACCAUAUACAUAUAUAAGCCCCUCCACCAAAUACAUAUAUAAGCCCCUCCACCAAAUACAUAUAUAAGCCCCUCCACCAUAUACAUGUAUAAGGUCCUGCACCAUAUACACAAGCCCCUCCACCAUAUACAUGUAUAAGCCCCUCUACCAUAUAUAAGCCAUCGCAUCAUUCCAAAUAUAAGCCCUCACCCGGAAAAUAAGCCCGUCCGAAUAUAAGCCCCCCCCCCCCGAAUAUAAUAUUAUGCCACACUGUACGUGUGGUAUUAAUUUAUGUGUGUGGUAUUACAGUAUGUCCAUGGAUAUUAUGAGACACUGUAUGUGUGGUAUUAAUUUAUGUGUGUGGUAUUACAGUAUGUCCAUGGAUAUUAUGCGACACUGUAUGUGUGGUAUUAAUUUAUGUGUGUGGUAUUACAGUAUGUCAUGGAUAUCAUGAGACACUGUAUGUGUGGUAUUAAUUUAUGUGUGUGGUAACUUCUAAAACUGCAUUCAAUUCAUCGAUUGAUAAUAUAAGACGAAUUUUUGGGCGUCGUUGUCGCCCCAAAAUCGUAAGGUGUCUAUCUACUUAUUUAGGACGUCCUAGUCCCAGUCCUCUGCUUAGCCCAUAGAAGAAAGAGAAUUGCACAUUUUCUCAUGCUGAUAAAAUCAUGCCCUGUACAAUGAUGCUUAGUGAAAUUCAUUUAUAAUGAAAAGCUUACUGUUAUUUUAAAGUUAUUGAUAAGCCAGUUUAAACAUUCCUUAUUUAUUCAGCAAUUCUUCGAUCGUUUUGGCGAGAUAAAUAGUUUAUGUGUUCCAAUUGUUUAUUCGUCCUAGGAGGAUUCUAUUCUGUUAUCAUUCGCUUACAUUUUGUUUUGUCUUUUACAGUUGCCAUGAAUGGCAAUUAGUAAGGAUAUAUCAUUAUUUAAAUUGAGUGUUCAUAGAAUUCCUUAAGCAGGGUUUCAUUGUAAUCGCAUUUCAAUGUACAAAAAGGCGACGGUAGAGCUACUUAUAGUUAUAUAUUAUUCUUUCUGUUUAUGGGUGUAAAAUGUGGAAGGUGUGUUAAUGUACUUUUCGUUGAAAAAAAUUAGUUUGUCCAUUUUUUCCCAGAUUCAUGCUACAGCCGCGACACUCGAUAAUCGUACGCAUACGAAAGGACAAUGUAAGAUUCUUUGUAACUUUAUGUCAUAUGUUGGACUGGUUGAAAAAUCACCUUUUCAUCUUAGCUUAAGGAUAGAAUCUUUUUGCAGAUCGCAUCAUUGACGUGGAUCAAUCCAUGUGUCCGUGUCACACAGAGCAAUGCGGAGGAGUGGAUCCCAGGUUUUUUUCAUCCGCAAAACUGCUUUCGAGACCCUGUUAUUAUUCUUUUAAUAUACAGUAUCCUAAUACAGGCCAACAAAUGUUCUAUUCAUCAUAUCUUGUAUUCAUCAGCUUUUUUACAUGGAAAACGUAUAAAAUAUUAAUUUGUGGUAAAGAAAAGAAAGGGGGAUGUAAAUAUUUCAAACCGUAGUCAAGGGGGUGGGGCUUUAUGUUUUCCUCAGCAAAAGUAUACAUCUCCCUCUACCAGACUAUUGCUUUUUCCAGAUCCUCACCAGCCCCCUCUCCUGUAUUAAUAAUGAACGGUCCCUUACAGAAAUCGUUGGUUGGGAUGCAACUAUCUCAAAAUAUAAGGAUAAUUACGUUUUGAGCGAAGUAAAUCCGGACGAACUGAGUUACUCGCGAGUCCAGACCGAAACAAAGGCCCUUUCCUAGAAACACUGAAGUUCUCGGGACGCAAGGACACGUUAAAAUGCGUCCCGUAAGUAAGUCCGUGCGUCCCGCAUAUAGGGAUACCUCUCUAUUAUUAUGCGUGACUAUGUGUGGUAUUAAUUUAUGUGUGUGGUAUUAAUUUAUGUGUGUGGUAUUACAGCAUGCCAUGGUUAUUAUGCGACACUCUAUGUGUGGUAUUAAUUUAUGUGUGUGGUAUUACAGUAUAUGCACAUGGUUAUUAGGAGACACUGUAUGUGUGGUAUUAAUUUAUGUGUGUGGUAUUAAACUAUGCCCAUGGAUAUUAUGCGACACUGUAUGUGUGGUAUUAAUUUAUGUGUGGUAUUACAGUAUGUCAUGGAUAUUAUGAGACACUGUAUGUGUGGUAUUAAUUUAUGUGUGUUGUAUUACAGUAUAUCCAUGGAUAUUAUGCGACACUGUAUGUGUGCAAAGCUUGCAAAUUUUGUACUAAUUUGUAUUACGCACGGGAAAAUGCACCACUUUUGGCCCAAAUGGGUCUAGUACAUAGAAUCAAGAGAAUUUCACAUUUUCUCAUGCUGAUAAAUGCAGGUUGACCGCCAUCCCCUAUACCAUGAUGCUUACUGAAAUUCAUCUAUAAAUAUGAUGAAAAGCUUACUGUUAUUUUAAAAUGAUGGAUAAGUCAGUUAAAACAUUCCCAUAAAGGAACGCUUCAGUGAGUUUGGUAAAAUCGAACCAUUUACACAUUCAUUACGACAAAUCGGGGACGUCGCAAGGAACCGCUGAGAUCUCCUACCGAAAUAGAGGUGAAGCGAUAAAUGCGGAAAAAGCAUAUGAUGGAAUACAUCUACAUGGUUCGUUGAUUUCUAAUUUUGUGUUUUAUUUUUUUCAACUCUUAUAAAAAUGUCAAUACAUUUGUUAUAAAAAUUGAUGUGUGUAUGUCAUAUAUAGGGAUGCCAAUAAAAAAUGAAUCGUAAGGUGUCUAUCUUCUUAUUUAGGACAUCCUAGUCCCAGUCCUCUGCUUAGCCCAUAGAAGAAAGAGAAUUGCACAUUUCUUCUCACACUGAUAAAAUCAUCCCCUGUACAAUGUUGCUUAGUGAAAUUCAUCUAUAAUGAAAAGCUUACUGUUAUUUUAAAGUUAUGGAUAAGCCAGUUUAAACAUUCCUUAUUUAUUCAGCAACUCUUCGAUCGUUUUGGCGAGAUAAAUCGUUUAUGUGUUCCAAUUGUUUAUUCGUUCUAGAAGGAUUCUAUUCUGUUAUCAUUCGCUUACAUUUUGUUUUGUCUUUUACAGUUGCCAUGAAUGGCAAGUAAGGAUAUAUCAUUAUUUAAAUUGAGUGUUCAUAGAAUUCUUUAAGCAAGGUUUCAUUGUAAUCGCAUUUCAAUGUAAAAAAGGCGACGGUAGAGCUACUUAUAGUUAUAUAUUCUUCCUGUUUAUGGGUGUAAAAUGUGGAAGGUGUGUUAAUGUACUUUUCGUUGAAAAAAAUUGAGUUUGUCCAUUUUUUCCCAGAUUCAUGCUACAGCCGAUCUUUCCCCAAAGACCACUGAUGUUGUUUGUUCCCUUGGUGGCAAUCGAAGAACUGUCUCGGUGCUCAAAAGGCUGCAACACUCGAUAAUCGUACGCAUACAAAAGGACAAUGUAAGAUUCUUUGUAACUUUAUGUCAUAUGUUGGACUGGUUGAAAACCACCUUUUCAUCUUAGCUUAAGGAUAGAAUCUUUUUGUGGAGAUCGCAUCCUUGACGUGGAUCAAUCCAUGUGUCCGUGUCACACAGAGCAAUGUGGAGGAGUGGAUCCCAGGUUUUUUCAUCCGAAAAACUGCUUUUGAGACCCUGUUAUUAUUCUUUUAAUAUACAGUAUCCUAAUACAGGCCAACAAAUGUUCAAUUCAUCAUAUCUUGUAUUCAUCAGCUUUUUUACAUGGAAAACGUAUAAAAUAUUAAUUUGUGGUAAAGAAAAGAAAGGGGGGAUGUAAAUAUUUCAAACCGUAGUCAAGGGGGUGGGGCUUCAUGUUGGGAUGCAACUAUCUCAAAAAUAUAAGGAUAAAGAAUAACUGAGUUACUCGCGAGUCCAGACCGAAACAAAGGCCCCUUGCUAGAAACGCUGAAGUUCUCGGGACGCAAGGACACGUUAAAAUGCGUCCCGUAAAUAAGUGCCGUGCGUCCCGCAUAUAUGGAUACCUCUCUAUUAUUAUGCGACCAGGCCUCGAAUUUCCCUGAAAUCAAUCGACGGCAAUGGCGUUAAAAAUUGCCGUGGAACGUAACAGCUGUCUACGGCAAUUUUGGCAGUUUCCACGGCAUUUUGAGACUAAAAUAGUGAUUUACGCAUGAUUUGAUCAGCAACUGAAUUCAAGUAUCAAAGAUAAAGAUUGCACUAUACGGUAAAAAAUUGUCGGAGUUGCCGCAAUGAUCCACGGCAUUUUUUUCUCCCUCUACGGCAAUUGCCGCGAUUGCCGCGAUAAAAUUCGAGCCCUGUAUGCAACACUAUGUGUGGUAUUAAUUUAUGUGUGUGGUAUUAAUUUAUGUGUGUGGUAUUACAGCAUGUCCAUAGUUAUUAUGCGACACUGUAUGUGUGGUAUUAAUUUAUGUGUGUGGUAUUACAGUAUAUGCACAUGGUUAUUAGGAGACACUGUAUGUGUGGUAUUAAUUUAUGUGUGUGGUAUUACAGUAUAUCCAUUGAUAUUAUGUGACACUGUACGUGUGGUAUUAAUUUAUGUGUGGUAUUACAGUAUGUCCAUGGAUAUUAUGCAACACUGUAUGUGUGGUAUUAAUUUAUGUGUGUGGUAUUGCAGUAUGUCCAUAGAUAUUAUGUGACACUGUAUGUGUGUAUUAAUUUAUUUGUGUGUGGUAUUACACUAUACACAUGGAUAUUAUGCGACACUGUAUGUGUGGUAUUAAUUUGUGUGUGUGCAAUUAAAGUAUGUCCGUGGAUAUUAUGAGACACUGUAAGUGUGGUAUUAAUUGAUGUGUGUGGUAUUACAGUAUAUGCAAAUGGUUAUUAUGAGACACUGUAUGUGUGGUAUUAAUUUAUGUGCACGGUAUUACAGUAUAUGCACAUGGUUAGUAUGUGACACUGUAUGUGUGGUAUUAAUUUAUGUGGUAUCAGCCAGUAUGAUACGGCAGGACACAGAAUUGGUUAUUGACGAUAACUUGUCAUCUAUGGAUUUAAAACUCGCCAGAACUAUAAUGGAAAAGGAUGCGCUGUUGAACUAGCACAAGCUAUUUUUUACUGUCCCUUCUACAUCGCAACGAAUCGGCUUCCAAAUUUUGGUAACGAGAACCAUCGUGUAUAUGAAAGAACUCAAGUUUUCCGAACCCGGACCUAAAGAAAUUGGUUGCAUUUUGGUAGGUAAAUAAACUUAUACCGGAAUAUAAUUAAUCCAUUAUCUUUUAGAUCAGCAGCCACAUAAAAGGCCUGGUGCAGAAAAAAAUCUGUAAGGUAAAUAAGAAAUUAAAGUAUCUUUUUGCAAGUAAAUUAUAUAUAAAAUUUUGUUUGAUUCACACAAUUCUUCUCUGUAAAUAUGGAGCAAAUAUCAUGUAGGUGGGCUUGCCUCAAAAACUUAUUAUUUUGCUUAGAAUCAAGACGAAAGAACAAAAACAUUGGCAAGAAUGGAAUCGAUGACGGAUUCAGAGAUUGUCUCUGAAUUUGUUUUGGAAGAGAAAUAUUACGACCAUGCUGAACGAGACGUCUUACUCAGAACAAUGGCAUCAAUGACAGAUGCGAAGAUAGUGGCAGAAUUUGUUUUCCCAAAGAAGAAUAGUAAUCCAUCAAAUAACUUUGCGGACAUUUCAAACUGCAAAAGAUGCAAGAAAACUCAUACAAAUGAAAAGACUUAA